CCGUGCCCAAGCUCAGGAGGGCGGGCACGGCGCCGGAAGCGCGUCAUGCGCGGGCGGAAGCGCGUCAGGCGCGGGCGGAAGCGGCCGGGCCGGGCGGGUGCCGGAGGGUCGCGGCGGCCGCGCCAUGGUGGAUUACAGCGUGUGGGACCACAUCGAGGUCUCGGACGACGAGGACGAGACUCACCCCAACAUCGACACCGCCAGUCUCUUCCGAUGGCGGCACCAGGCCCGCGUGGAGCGCAUGGAGCAGUUCCAGAAGGAGAAGGAGGAGCUGGAUAAAGGCUGCCGCGAGUGCAAGCGCAAACUCGCCGAGUGCCAGAAGAAGAUGAAGGAGCUGGAGGUGGCCGAGAGCGGGAAGGGGGAGCUGGAGAAGCUCCAGGCCGAGGCCCAGCAGCUGAGGAACGAGGAGAAGAGCUGGGAGAACAAGCUGGAGGAGCUGAGGAAGAAGGAGAAGAACAUGCCCUGGAACGUGGACACGCUCAGCAAGGACGGCUUCAGCAAGAGCGUUUUCAACGUGAAGCCCGAGGAGAAGGAGGAGACGGAGGAGCAGAAGGAGAAGAAACACAAAACCUUCGUGGAGCGAUACGAGAAGCAGAUUAAACAUUUUGGGAUGCUGAGGCGCUGGGAUGACAGCCAGAAGUACCUGUCCGACAACCCUCACCUGGUCUGCGAGGAGACAGCCAACUACCUGGUCAUCUGGUGCAUCGACCUGGAGGUGGAGGAGAAACACGCGCUGAUGGAGCAGGUGGCCCACCAGACCAUCGUCAUGCAGUUCAUCCUGGAGCUGGCCAAGAGCCUCAAGGUGGAUCCCAGGGCUUGCUUCCGGCAGUUUUUCACCAAAAUUAAGACAGCGGACCAGCACUACCUGGAGGGAUUCACGGAGGAGCUGGAGGGCUUCAAGGAGCGCGUGCGGGGCCGGGCGCGGGCGCGCCUGGAGAAGGCGCUGCGCGACUACGAGGAGGAGGAGCGCCAGAAGCGCCUGGGGCCCGGCGGGCUCGACCCCGUGGACGUCUACGAGUCCCUGCCCCCCGAGCUGCAGAAAUGCUUCGAUGUCAAAGACGUUCAGAUGCUGCAGGACACGAUCAGCAAAAUGGACCCGACCGAGGCCAAGUACCACAUGCAGCGCUGCAUCGACUCGGGGCUCUGGGUGCCCAACGCCAAGGGCGCCGGCGGGGCCGCGGCGCGCGAGGAGAUCCAGCAGGAGAACGGCGCCGAGGACGAGCCCAAACCCUGAGCGGGGCCAGGCCCCCCACCCCGAAAAAAAACAAAAAAAAAAGGCAGAAAAGGUCAAAAAAAGCAGAAAAAAAUACCCAAAAAAAACCACCUACGCUCCCCUGUUGGGAAAGCAGCAAAAGCAGGCGGGGAGGGGUCGUGCCCCACACCCCCCCCCCCCUUGCAGCCCCCUCCCCGCUCCCCUCACGCCCUCCCCCCCCCCCCUCCCCCGCGCUUUUUCACGCCGUAGAGACUUUUGGGGAAGGUUUUUGGGAGGUUUGGGGACCCCCCCCACCCCCACCACCCCCGGCCCCCUCCUGGGUGGGUUUGGGGUUUUUGGGGGGGGGGGGGGGGGUCGGAGCCGCGGUGCCGGAGCGGAGAAAUAAAGAGAUUGGAGAAGCUGA